AUGACCGUUCUAAAUGCCGUUUUUUGGCAGGUUAGUGGAAUGCCAACAUUCUGUAUUCCUGUGCAAGAUGGUGGUGUUGGAUUUGACUAUCGCCUGCAUAUGGCAAUCGCUGAUAAAUGGAUUGAGCUUCUCAAGAGAAGGGAUGAGGAUUGGAGAAUGGGUGUUAUUAUUCACACUCUCACUAAUAGAAGAUGGAUGGAAAAGUGUGUUUCUUAUGCGGAAAGUCACGACCAAGCAUUAGUUGGCGAUAAAACUAUCGCGUUCUGGUUGAUGGACAAGGAUAUGUAUGAUUUCAUGGCUUUAGAUAGACCAUCAACUCCGCAGAUAGAUCGGGGAAUAGCAUUGCACAAAAUGAUCAGGCUUAUUACUAUGGCAUUAGGCGGAGAAGGGUAUCUAAAUUUCAUGGGAAAUGAAUUUGGGCAUCCUGAGUGGAUAGAUUUUCCAAGAGCUGAUCAAUAUCUUCCUGAUGGCAAAUUUAUCCCUGGAAAUGGAAACAGUUUUGAUAAAUGCCGGCGUAGAUUUGAUCUGGGGGAUGCAGAUUAUUUAAGAUAUAAUGGAAUGCAAGAAUUUGAUCAGGCAAUGCAGCAUCUUGAAGAAACCUAUGGUUUCAUGACUUCGGACCACCGGUAUAUAUCACGGAAGGAUGAAGGAGAUAGGAUAAUCAUUUUCGAGAGAGGGGACUUGGUUUUUGUUUUCAAUUUUCAUUGGAGUAACAGCUAUUUUGACCACCGGGCUGGCUGCUUAAAGCCAGGAAAAUAUAAGGUUGUCCUGGAUUCAGAUGAUCCAUUGUUUGGAGGCUUCAGUAGAAUCAAUCACGAUGCAGAAUACUUCACCUUUGUAAGAGAGGCCAUACCUGCUGAUAUUAAACAUGAAGGGUUUCAUGAUGAUCGACCUCGUUCAUUUCUGGUGUAUGCACCCUCUAGAACAGUGGUGGUUUAUGCACUAACAAAGGAUGAAGUGAAACCCGUUGAGGCCGCAGUCUAA